AUGAUGAGACCUAUUGAGGUAGUUGCUGGUUAAAUUAUGUGGCAAUUGAUUUAUAAAUCACAGUAAGAUGAAAAAUGAUAUGGUAAUUAGUAAAUCGCUUAAAGUAUAUUCGAUUGUUCAGUGAAAGAAAAUUAAUCGCAGAAUAAUUUAAUAAUAUAUACAAGUCUGUUAAUUUGUAAAUUUCUUUCGAUAUCGUAUGAUUUUUUGAUUGUUCAUUGUCAUGUAAAUGCAGGUCGUUCUCUUUAUAGGAAACGAGGACAAAGAAAGAAGUGAACUCAUUGUUUGUACAAUUAAAAUUUCUUAUCAUUUUGCAUAGAGACUGCGAUAGGGAAAAUGGCGCACCGACCAAUGAGACCCGCAUACCUUUCAGGUCUCUUCUUCUCGUCGACGUACGAUACCGUUGUUCGUAUCUCGUAGGAAAAUCGUACAAAGAGUGGAAUAGUGAAACUGUUCAAACUCUUAUAGAUAUCGUUAUCAUGUUUUCGUAGAAAAAACGUCGUAUAUCUCGAAAUCAUGCACCUGCGACACACGGGCAGACAGAUUAUGAAACAUAUAUCCUUCUUGAACAGUCGUUUACAGUCGUUCUAAGUCGCGAAUAGCAAAUCGAUUGUUUACUUCUACGGAAGUUAAACAUCGAUCGAAUCGAACGCAAUAAUUUUGUUGCACCAGCCUUGUUAACUUUCGUCGCCAUUCUAUUUACGUUACGUCCGCUGUGGUGAUUUCGUGUAUAGCAGACGUGACGGAACUAUGGUGUAUAUCCCGAAAAAAAACGUCAUGCGAAUGGUUAACGAGCUGAUAAAAAUUCGUCAAGCCAUGGCUUUAUCUUGCUAGCCGUGCGUGAAUUAAAAUCGCCGAUAUCACGAACAACUAUUUCACGAUAAAGCCGCGCGACAGGUUGAUUGGAUUUCGCUGUAUCGGCGUUGUUAUUAAGAGUCAGAGUCUCAUGUAAACAGCACGCGGAUCUUCUGUGUCAUCCGAUCUGAUGGUCUUUAUUAUGUAAUAUUGUGCACCGGGGAAAAUGCUAUGGUCGAAAAAACGUGGAUGAAAAUUGCCGGAGUUCGCGUCACGAGCGGUGUCCUUAAAAAAUGACUGACUUUUCCUCUUCAACUUUCGCGAGGGUAAUCGGUAACGUGUUGACUUUUAUAAAAUGUAUUGCUCGAACCUGCUUUGUGAUAUUAAACAAUGCUUAUUGUAUACCUACGUAUGUAGUAUGGAUGACACUAUUAUUCCCUGUAAAAGUUUAUCAACCCCAAGUAUAUUGGCGGAUCGAAGGUCUAUUUUUCCAUUGGUUAUUAGCAAUGGUCUCGAUGUGGACCUGGUCUGCAGGCUAUGAUAUCAUAGAACAAGGUGAUGAUAUACAGAAAAUCAUUAGUGAAAGAACACUAGUAAUAGCAAACCAUCAAAGUACUGGGGAUGUUCCUAUGUUAAUGACAACAUUUAAUUCAAAACCAAAUGUAUUGCCUAAUCUGAUGUGGAUCAUGGACAGGAUUUUUAAAUUUACCAAUUUUGGUAUAGUCUCUGUCUUACACAAGGAUUUCUUUAUUGUAUCUGGUCGCAAACGGAGAGAGGAGAGUUUAAGACAACUAGAAAAACAUCUGAAAACAUCGUAUAUUCCGCUCGGUAGAAAGUGGAUGGUCUUGUUCCCAGAAGGAGGUUUUUUAUGUAAAAGGCGGGAAACUUCGCAAAAAUAUGCUAAAAAAAAUAAUCUACCUAUCCUUGAAAAUGUAUCUUUGCCUCGAGUAGGAGCAAUGCAAACUAUAUUUGAUACGCUUGGUCCAUCACACGAUAAUAAUACGUCAGAACAACAAUUAGACAAUAGAGCAAGUAUGACAGUGGCUAAGCCAGAAAUUAAUUGGGUUCUUGAUAUAACAAUAGCAUAUCCUCAAGGUAAACCAAUUGAUUUACCUACAAUUAUAACUGGUUCUAGACCGCCAUGUGAAACAGUCCUAUUUUAUCGAGUGUUUCCUAGUUCAGUGGUUCCUCGAGAACCAGAAUUAUUGUCUAAAUGGUUGUAUGAUAGGUGGGUUGAGAAAGAAGCACUUUUGGAAAACUUUUAUAAAUACGGAACGUUUCUUGGUACGCAAGCAUCAUCCAAUGAAGGUUCCAAGAUCCAUCAGGAUCCAUUGAGAUUCCUAGUCCUUCAUUUAUUUUUUAUAACAUCUAGUUAUAUACAUUACAAUAUAUUUGCGUAUAUGCUCUCUUGCUUCUGGUAAAGCGUUUUAUGCUAUACAAGAAAUUUACGUUCAAACAUGAGUGAAAUUACGAUGUAGAAAAGUAAAGAUAUUCCUGCCUUAAAUAUUACUCUUGAUGUUGACUAAUAAAACUAACGAGUGUAUGAAUUGUCAAUUCCAAGUGAAUGUUUAUAAUCUAGAUAUGUUGUAGGUAGUUAAUUGAAAUUACUACUUUUAAUAUUAUAAAGAAUUAUUUGAUCACAAUGUCUGUUCCAGUAAUUAAAUGAACAUAAUUAGACAGUUUAUUCGAACUUCGAUUAUGAGGUGUAAACAAUUCUAAUGUUAAGAUAACAAAAUUCUUGUUUAAUUAACGAAGUCCGUUAUGAAAAAUUUGUUGCACAGUUCUGCACAUCUUUGUUAUAGUUAGCCAUUCCUCAGAAUGUUUAUUUUAAUUUAUAUAAUGAGGCGCAUAGGAUACUUUAUGAUAUUGUAGUCAUGACAUGACAUUUAGAGUUCAACUGUAAACACUUGUCUUUUAUCAAAGACAUUAGUAAUAUCAAAUUGUUGGUAACAUAACGAUGUUACUCACAAUAAACAACUGAAUUUUGAGUAAAGAGUAGUACAGAUUCAUUUCAGUGAACAGCUAUUAAAUACGAAUACUUGAGCUAUCUUGAAAGUAGAGAUGAUUUAGGGUUCUUUUUUUUUAUACAAAAUUAAUCGUAAAGAAUACAUUCAACGUUCAUAUCUAUACAAGUUAAAUGAUUUAACAUUUGUUAAUUCAAGGAGGUGUAUGUAAUGCUACUACUUAUGUGAUAGAUUUGAUUACUAUAUUGAUAUAAACUUUAUCAUUUUUAUUUCUCCGUUUACUACAAAGUGUGAAAACGUGUCUACACUUGACUAUCUGUCUGGAGGACUUGGCAGCAUUUCAGGGGAUUUUCAUAGUAUCCUACACGUGUGUUUUGUAACAUGGUAUCUUAAGUAGAAUCACAAAUAUUCUAUGAAGUGGAAUUGCAAGAUGUAAUAGUAAAUUAUUACUGCUGUUGUAGAAGCGGUAAUAGUAAAUACCAUUUCGAAGAAAUAUCCAUUUAUUUGUGAUACGUGAUAGAAAAAAAAAAGAUAUUUUUCAAUGCGAUGUCAAUCAUACAAACAUAAUUUUUUAAAUCACAUAUUAGAAACGUUCGUAACUCUACGACGAAGUAGACGUGAAACAUAAUACGAAUUAUUCAAGAAUUUGGCAGGAAUAAAAAUCAUGUCUUACAAAAUCUGUUAAAGUAAGAAAGAUUUAUACUUCAUGGCUAAAUCUCAACCAAUAAUAAUGCUGUUCAGUGAAGAAAAAACAGCUGUGCCUUGUUCCUACGGACAAACCUCAGUGUUAGUUGUAUAUAUACAUAUGCAAAUCUCAUAUGUAAUUUUCAUGGUUGAAUCAGCGCCUACAAUUAAUUUUUAAGACGUUCAGGUUUCAUUGCUUAAAAAAAAAAAGAAUACACCAUAGAAAUACUAAAACUAUUAAAGAUAUGUUUUCUAUGCUGCCUAAUUGGUUUUUUAUGAAAUAAAAAGCAUAGCCCAAAUUGAAAGCAAUUUCUAGACUGAUUAACUCAGAAAAAUAAAUUAGUUACAGCACAUAACGAAUGAACAUCCGUUCGCAUGUAAUGAACAUAGUAAUUUAAUUUUUUCUCUGCUUACUAAUAACAAUAUACAUAUUUAAUUCAAUAUCUAUUCGAAUGACAAAAUAAAUCUUUGAUGGAACAAAAUAUAUUUGUACAAACAGCAAUUUCGAUAGGACCGAUGUUAGUCGCAUUAAACGGUAAAUGAUUGUACUAUCCACAUAUUAAGAAUAUUAAUUUCUUGUAAUAUUCGAGUAUAUUAAGCUCAUGAAUUUUCGAAUUUAUAUAUAUCUGCAUACAUGACAGUGUAUCAUCGACAUGUACGAAUAUUUUGCAUUUCCAUGCAUUUAAUAUGUAAAUUAAAAGAAGAAUAAAUACAUAGCGCGCGAAUCGUUUGCAGAUAACAAAUUCAACAUUACGAUAGAAAAAAAUGGUAAAUCAAAAUAAUUUAUACUUUUUAAUCUAAUUGUUUCUUCUUCAUAUUAGGAUUGCAUUUUAAUUCGGUGACAAAGUAAUCAAAUACUGUUAACACUUGAUUUUAUACUAUUAUGUUAAUUAAAUAUUUAAAGAAAUCCAUAAUACCACGGUAGAAUGCCUCUAGUCUUGGUUGCAAAACUUUUGAACCAAUUGAAACAAGAUUCUAAAUGUAUCACUAAUUGUAUUAUAAGACAUUUUGAAUUUUACCAAUAAAAUUUAUGUUUUCCAUUCAGAAAAUUGUAUCGUUUAGAACUAUUCGAUUAAACGUAAAGUUUAUUAAAGAAAAAGAAUGCAAAUGAAACUUGACUUUAUUGUUAAUCAAAAAUUACAAAUAUACAUUAAGGUGUUACUAAUACUAAACUGUGAGUAAUGUAACUGUUGCAAACUGACCUAUAGGUAAGGACAAAAAAAAAAGAUAAACGAUGUAACAUAAUAAUUGCAUAAUAGCAUAUUUACUUCAUUACAAGGGCCAAUAUUUUUGAAAUAUUUAGAUACAUUUGAUUUUUAAUAUAAUAUAUGGUACAAUAAAAGUUUAAAACUCAAGUUUCAUUAACGACAUGAAGCAAUCUAACUAAAAAAAAAAAUAGAAAAAAAAUAAUUGUAUAUCGGUCACAGUGAAGUCUAUUUAUUAUAUUUGUAAUUAUUGCAUAAAACAUUUGUUUUUAUGUUUAGUAUAGAGUUGUAUACCAAGUAGCAAAAUAAAUGUCACACUUUAUACAGCACACAGUACACCUGAAUAUCAGUCUUAACAUAAUAUUAUCUGUGAAAGCAAUACAAACUGUUAGUAAUGAUAAGUUAUACAUAAGUUCUCUCGGUUGUGCUUUAACAUCUACUUUAUUGCUUGUACUAAGUUAUACAUUGAGAGCAGUAUUACACAUGUGCAUUAUACCUGAAACAAUGAUUCUUAUUACAUCUAAUUUUAGUACAUAUUUUGUAUAUAUUUGAGUGUACCAGCUUUGUGUUAUGUUUAAAGGAUAUUUAAAAUGUUAUACAUGUUUUAUGUUGUACUUCUAUUAUAACUAUAUUGUGUGAUAGUACAGUUAGUAUUUAGCAAAUGUGUAAUUUACAAUUUCAGAAACUAAAAACUAGUAGGAUUAUAGAGAAAAUAAAAGUACAGAAAUUAACAAAGCUUACUAUACUGAUAUCUGUAAUAUUAGUGUGCUGUAUGAAAUGUAUCUAGAAGUUUUUUUUAUGUAUUUUGAUUCAAGUCUACGUACAGUGAAUACAUUUGCAAGAAAUAUAAAAAUGUAACUAACAAAAAAAAACAACACUAUUUUUUCAUAAGGCAGUCACACUGUUUUUUUAAUAUCCACGUGAGGAAUGUAUACCGCUCAAAAGAAUUUAAUAGAUCGUUUUUGUGCGUUGCACGAAUAAAAAUCCUUUUAUUAAAUGCGAAACUGCACAAUUCAAAGUGUCAUUGUCAUGUAAUGAAGCAUGCAUCUCAUUAUGCAAAAUAUUAUGACUGGAUACUAAUGUUCACAAAUACUAUAUUAAAACAAAUGUAAAUGCAACUUAGCGUAAGUUUCCUAAAUUUUAAAGAAGAAUAUAACUCGCUUGUAAUGUCUUUUCUUAUAAGAACUUUAAUAAAAUUGUUGUUUUCGAACUA